CUCCAGAAGAAAAGUAAACAAGUAUUUUUGCUCCUGGGCUCACUGUGGAUUCUAGUGGCUACUACCCUCUUCUUAUCUUCGUCUGGCUGCUGUAUCACACUCGUAUCACCUCCCAAUGUCCGUCGCAGCCUGCUCCUUACUGCAUCACCCACGGCUACGCCUCACCAUCCCCGCACGAUUAAGUUCCGCCUCGCGAUUGAAUUCCGCCACGCGAUUCACGCCCGCAUCUGCUUCCGUUUCCCUCGGGAGCUCCGUCGGCCACGUCAGCUGUCACAUUCGCCCUCCUGACCGACUUACCACCCUCCAUUCAGCCACUUUUCAUACAGUCACACAGCAGUCGUUCGCUUUCAGCACAUUCGCACAGCCUCGAAUCUGCCGAAGUUUCGCGAACCCAUUCCUUGGCGCCCUCUGGAUUGGUCCCCGGUCACCUAGGACGAAAACAUUUUCGGGCAGAAACUUCCCUGGUCAGGCGGAUUCUACUGGUCGCCGUGGUGCCGUAGUUGCGAUGGGCAAGAAGAAAGGAAAUAACAUCCCUGAGCAAGGGGGGGCCACGGAGGCCAAGGCAGCACCGCCUGUGAAGCUGAUCGAAAUCGCAGCCAACCUGACAGACGGAAUGUUCCAAGGCUGCUACCACGGCAAGCAGGCCCACCCACCGGACCUGCAAGCAGUGCUUUCUCGAGCCUGGGAGGCUGGUGUGGAGAAAAUCAUAAUCACGGGAGGCAGCUUGGAGGAGAGCAGAGCAGCGCUUGCGCUGGCAGAAACAGACAACCGCCUCUACUGCACCAUUGGCGUCCACCCAACCCGUUGCUCUGAGUUUGACGCAAGCGGGGAUCCACAGCAGCACCUGCAAUCCCUUCUGAAGCUAGCUGAGGACGGGAAGGCCAAAGGCAAGGUUGUGGCAGUGGGCGAGUGCGGCUUGGACUAUGACCGGCUUGUAUUCUGCCCAAAAGAAGUGCAGCAGAAGUACUUUGAGCUCCAGUUUGACCUGGCUGAGGCCACCCAGCUGCCCAUGUUCCUGCACAUGCGUGCUGCUGCGGAUGAUUUUUCUGGAAAUAUUGAAGAGGAACGAGAGCAGGUUUGUGGGGGGAGUGGUCCAUUCGUUCACAGGCGCGUGUGAGGAGAGGGACGCCAUCCUCGCAGUGCCCAAGCUAUCCAUAGGCAUAAACGGGUGUUCCCUGAAAACGGAGGACAAUCUUAAAGCCAUGGCAGGGAUCCCUCCCAGCCGUCUGAUGCUGGAGACCGACUCUCCCUAUUGCGAUGUGCGGCCGACGCACGCCGGCCACAAAUUCGUGGGCAGCAAGUGGGCGGCGAGGAAGAAAGAGGCGCAUUCUGGAGAUGCCAUGGUGAAGGGCAGAAACGAGCCGUGCGCCAUCAGGCAAGUGCUGGAAGUGGUGUGCGGAUACCGCCAGGUCGAAAACGUGGAAGAAUUUGCUCGCAUUGUCCACGACAACACUUCCAGUCUCUUCUUCCCUGCGAGGCAGUAACAAUGUUGCGGUUAUUUAGUAAAUGACUUAACAUAGAAGCAACUAUACCUCUGUGACUCUGUUUAGGACAUACCGUAUAUAGCCUUUGGAUCCAUUACGCUGAUUA